GUGCCGGCAGUAUUUAUUGCCCCAGUUAAUAUCUUUAUAAUGAAUCCCUAUACUAAGGCUUGCACCAAACUAGCAGCCCAUUUUUUACUUGCAACAGGAUUGCAUUUAAGUCACAUUUACAAUGUUUCUGUGUUUAAUACCACAGGUACAACAAUGACUGUGCGAAGGUAUUCAAUGUCAUCAUCUCUUACCUCUACCCCCGGCUAUUCUAAAUCCAGUGUAAAUAUGAAAAGAAACUCCAGCACUGGAACAUUGGAUCUAAAUGGAACUGUGCAGAAAGCAGGAUCUGAUAAUGAGCAACUACUGACCUCAGAGAAAGGCAAGAGCAUUAAUAUACCAGUAGAGGACCUCACCCCUAAGUCAAGCUCCUUCCAGGAACAUAUGCGUAAGUGCAGGGGCAAAGUAAAGGCUGUUACGUUUCUGUUACCAACGGAUAUGCAGAAAUACCAGGAAACACAAAAGACUCUGAAAGGUUCUGAAAAUCAGAGCAAAAAUCAUUUGAGCACAAUAAUGGAAAAGGAUCCAUGAGCUGGUGAAUUUUUUAAGACCAUCUGAGUCAUUCCCACGGGCCGGCACUAAGAGGAUAGCUCGGAAUAGGGUUACAUUUUUUACACAAUGCUCUGGCAAGGCGCCUUCUCAUAUGGACAAAGCAAUUGCUCUGGGUCUCUCAAGCACUGUUAUUCGAAACCCAAAGCCAUUUUUUUAAAGGACAUCUAUAUAGUUUUUCAAUUACUUAAAUGUCUCAUUUGUUCUUAUGUCUCAUGAUUGUUAAAUACUGUAUAUCUAAAUACAUGUAUAGAUUUCCUCUGUACAGAAUAACUUUGAAGCUCACAUACAUGUAAAUAACUUAUACAGAAUUACGGUGCAGUAUUUGUAUGUAACUUUGCAAUGUCUGAUACAAACCUGCCAAAUAUUGUUUGAGCUCAAAUAUGUUAAAAAUAAACACAGUACUGUUUGAGAACAUGCAGAGGCUCACUAGUGAUAACCAGAAAACCCUGUGGAGGUAGGUACUUGCAUGGGUACUUGCCUACGAAUGUGCUGUUCAUUUGAAACCCUUUCUAUGGUAAAUCAAGUUAACCAUAAAAAUCCUGCAUUAUACUGGUACACAGACCAGUUCCAAAGCAAUCCAAUCACUUCAUGUAGUCAAUUGUGUGAGUGGCCAAAGUGAACCGAGUUGUUUCUUAUAUAGUCAGUCUUGUAUUGUAACAGAUUCAGCAGCUUUUUGGCCCCAUUAUGAGAGCUAAAACUACAGGCAACUCAACUGAUAUCAGAUCUGGGUUAGGACAGAUAUCAGUCAAUAUGUGUGGAAAAGCUUGAUGAGUUACAUAGUUAUAUAGUUGGGUUGAAAAAAGAUCAGAGUUCAUCAAGUUCAACCCUUC